AUGUUGAAACAACAAGGCCGACCAACUGCUGCGAAAUACAUGGUGGUUUUUACAGAUAGAUUGUCUAGCUCACCAAUGCAUACAUACACACAGGCUUUCCUAGCCAAAGCGGACGGAAUCAAAAUCUUCGCUGUGGGAAUGGGUCCAGAUAGCUCUAACGAGGAAAUGAAGAUGCUCGCUUCUGGACCAAACAGUGUCUUCGCCAUACCUGACAUUGCUUCGUUAGAUGCUUUUGGUCCUUACAUGUCUGAUCUACUUUGCAAAGGCUACGUGAACGCAUAUGCAGAUAUGCAGCAGCACGGACCUGGACACCUAACCGGCAGACGAGACAACUCUACAUUAUCUCAACCAAAGUACAACAACAUGCAGCCAUGA